UUACGUCAUCUCGGUAUAUAAAUGACAGCGAACGUGUUAUUUUUGUUAGACAGCAUUGCGGUACAUAUUUCACGACGUGGAGUAUAUUAUCCAUCCAAACCUUUUCAAAUGGGCCCCGUCGCCUAGCGUUUUCUCCCCAAAACCUCCGACUGAAUCUAGCAGGGUGCUCCAAUAACAUCAACACGAGCGGUAAAAGAAGGGUUUGCACAAGUCUGUAAAAUGGCAGCCAUCCCAGCUAGUGGUUCUCUUGUUGCCACUCAUGACUACUACCGAAGGCGCAUUGGCUCUACAUCCAGUAGCAGUUCGUGUGGCAGCUCGGAGUAUAGUGGGGAGGUUAUUCCACAUCAUCCAGGUCUGCCCAAACAGGACUCUGGUCAUUGGUGGUCCAGUUUCUUCUUUGGGAAGCAGAAUCAGCCUGGAAUGGGAACUCUGACUGAAGAGGCUCAGCAGAAGUCAGGGGUGAUGAGCAUGACCAAUGGGCAGGUGACCUGUGUUGCCCGUGAGAUGGUGAAAAGGCAGGAAAGCGAAAUGCGUGAUGGAGGCAAGUCGGAGGUGGGGAGUUCUCCCAAAUCCUGAAUCUGAGACCAGCUCAGGACACCAACGCUAGGGGACGGAAAUGGCCCCCUUUUUUUUAUUUUAUUAUUUUUUUUUAAUUAUUAAAUCUCCCAUGCAUAUAAUGGCUUGUUUUAGUAUUUGUUUCUCUUCUUUUUGUACUCCUUGUUUUAUAUAUAUACCAUAAUAAAAUGGAAUAACUGAAACAUGCAAAAAUAUUUUGUAAAUUUUUACACAUCUGUAACACUAGUGGAGUUACAUGUCUUUGUUACUCAUUGUCAUUGUAUGUAUUUUCAGCACAAUAAAUUUUCUUAAAGAGCCCACUACUGUUUUUUUUUUGG